UGCUAUUGCUGUCACUUUGCUGUAGUGCCCUGCCCAGGAAGCAUUCUCAGUUUGACCUGCUGAAACUUCCUUGGUUAGGUUUUGUUUCUCAAGAGGGUGUUUUGAGAUUUGAGUGCCUCCUUUCUGCUCUCUGCAGGAACCUAAAAUCUCAUAAAUUUGCCUAUAAUGCACAGCUGAAUUCUGAAGUGAAAUUAUUGCUUGUACUGGUCAUGGAGACAGGAACUUCUCCAAAGGCCAAAGAGACCAUGAAAAUUACUUGGCAGCCUGCAUCCAGACUGUGACCUGGCAGAUCACAGGACAUCGGCAGCGGUCCCCUCCACUCCCACAGGAAAUCUGUCAUGCAGGCCAGCCUGCUGUCACCUCAGAUAGUGGUAUUUUGGAUUGUAUCCAGUUCUAACCCUUCCUGGGAAUUGGAUGAAGAGCCUAAAUGUCUAUCUCAGGACCCUGGGUUCCUCUGCAAAGGCAAGUACUUAAAGGUUUGAUGUGCCACCCAAGCUUUUAAUUGGAUCCAACCCUGUAAUUUGUUCCAUAAUAGGAUGACCCAGCAGGAUCAUUUACAGCAGAGCAUGAAAGCAAAUGCCAAAGAAUGAAAAUGCAAAAGUACAAAGUUGCUGUAUUGAUUGUAUAAAUUGCCUCAUUCAACAGUCUUAGGCUGACUAUUAAUAUUUCAGUGUUGGGUACCACUUCAGUUUCACAUCUAAUGUGUUUCUUGAGUAAACAAGGGAUGCUUGGGAGAGCCUUCCUCCCUUAUAAACAAAAUAAGACACAGGUUCCAAAAGAAAUCUCAGAAGGAAUCAAUCAGUGAUUUUAAAAUGAACUGAGGCAUAAUGGAAGACUUUUAUUAAAUAAUUUUGUAAUAGCCUGAUAGCUUUAUUUCACUGAUUUUUUUUUUCAAAUAUAAUGUCACUUGUACCAAGAAAAGUUACUGGAGAUCAUGUGACACUGAAAGAAAAUGAAGAUUUCAUUGUGCUAUUACUCUGUCCAAACAACUAAGAAGAAGUUCCAAAAAACCUGUGACAAAGUGCUGCUGGAUGCUUUAGCAUGCUUCUGUACUGCUUUUAAUUUUGUGUAACAGCAUGUCAUUGUUUGAGAGCCAGUUGCCAGCAAGGAUCUCUUUCUCAGACAGUGACUGGGGAUGAGACAAGCAGGCUUCCAUCCUAACAGCGCACUGGAGGAACAGGGUCCUGCCCAGCGAACAAUCAAGGCAUGUAUGACUUGCCAUCCCUGUGUACAACAGCUAAGAGAGUGUCUCUGCCAUCCAAGCAGACACCAUGGGUACUAAAACCACUGCUUGAGAUCAAAUUUGUUACUAGCAACCCUCUCUGCAAGGGGAGAGAAGAGGCUAUGCAGACACUAUUAUAUCACAUAACCAAGUCCACACAUGCUGAAGAUAGACAUCUGUAAUGGGAAGGCAAAUUUGCCCAUAAACUUUCUGGCUAACUUUUUUCUUUUAUUGGUAAGGAUGUUUAUAUGACAAACUGUCAGACUUUCCAGUACUUAAACAUAAGUAUUUGCAUAUUCAGAUCAGCCUAGGUAAUGCAAUCCAUAGAACCACUGCAUAGCAUGACCAUAGGAAAAGUGUGAUCCAGACAAAAUCAUAAUGAGUGAAAUGUUUUCAAUUUUUUCAGACCCCUGCUUAAGGCUUGAUUUGUAAGAGAUGCUCAGAGCCCAGGUCAUAUAUCCUAAUAUCCAGAAGCCAGCUAUGGAAAUGCUUAACUGAAAUUUUUUUAUGUCUAUCUACGGAAUAGGACUGACUAUACUUGUAGAAAAUCCUAAAACUUGUAAUCACAAGCACUUUAUAUAAGUACCAGCUGGCUUGACAUUUUGUGAAGUGAAUACCAGAUUACAUAUAUAUUACAAAAACCAAACCAAACCAAAAAAAAAAACCUACAAACAACAAGCUCCCCCACCGAAGAAAAACCACAAACAAAAAACCCCAACCGACUUUCCAAAGGAAACAUUCGGCACUGUCAGGAAAAGAGACAUGGCAGCUUCUUGCCACCUACAGGUGAAAUACUAAAAUCCUCAUGAUCCAGCAACUAACUACUUCUCAGACUCCAGUGUUCAGACAAUGAAUUGCUGCAGAACUGACAUCAAAUGCAAACAGCACUGGGAUUCCAAUUUCACAUUGUGCAACUUAUGGAAUAUUUUAUAAGUUUAUUUUAAAGUGGAGGAAUUAAUUUUUUUUAAACCAGUCUAUUUGCCAAGGAUUUGCUUGGAUAAUCUUUUAUGAAGAAUAGCUGGAAGGCUCCUUUUUGUUUUUUUCCUAGUUUCAUGCCAUGUUUCUGUUAAUUACUGUUGAUUAGCAAACAGCUUGGCAACUAACCCUGACAGGUUAGCCAUCAGUUUGAUAGAACUGCACAUCAUCCAAAAGGUAGGGGGAAUUUAUUGUUAAUUUCAGACAAUUAGCAAGGGGCUGGCAGAGCUCACAACAGCCUAAAAGCUCAAUUUAGAACAGCUGAGAUAAAUUACUGAAUCAAUUAAAACACAUUAGUGGAUGUCUGCACACAUACUUAAAGCUAGCAAACAAGCCACUAAAAAUCAGUGGGAGGAGAAAGACCAGCAGGGAUUUUUUGUUGUUGUUUGGUGGUGUUCUCAAGCUGUUGGUGUUUAUUCUGGUCUGCUAUUAACACUAGUUAAAUAUACCUAAAAACUAGUGCUGACUUAAAUCAAAAAAAUCUAGUAAAGAGUAGGAUCUAAAAUGACUUUCCUUCCAAAGUGGCUAACUUUUCUGAAAGGCAAAGAGGUUGUUAUUGCCAAUGCAAUAAUUGCAAUAUUGACAAUUGGUGGGCAACAGCUUUUCUCUUUUUUCACGUUCAACUGUCCCUGUCAUGUUGGACAGAACCUUAUCUAUGGGCUGGCUUUCCUAGGAGUGCCUGCACUAAUCCUUCUGAUUGUUGGCUAUGCCCUGAACAACCAGACUUGGAGGCUGGUUAUGGGCAAAAGGCCUCAUUUUGAGAGGGUGACCUCAUCAAACCGGUUGCUGAAAUGCAAGCUGGUCUGCUUUGUCUUGUGCAGCAUCACUGGGAGGGCGCUGGUUGCUCCAGUGACGUGGCUUGCAGUCACCCUGAUAAACGGCUCAUAUUAUAUCUGUGCUGUGAGUGAGUAUGUCCCUGUGUAUUACUAUGAAGCUGCUCCCAACGUCACUGCUAGUGAGCGCAGCAGGAUACUGGCUGCAUUUCCCUGCAGUCAUCUGGUUCCUCCAGAGCUGACCCGGGCAAGAGAUGAAGUGAUUCUGCUCCUCCGAUACCAGUCACAAGUGGCUGGCUGGCUUCUGAUUGCUGUGGUAGUCAUCACUGUGUUCCUUUCUUACUGCCUGGCAAGCUGUUUCUCCCCACUCAGCUUUCUGCAUUUCAGAUACUGGAGCAGCUAUGUGCACAACGAGCAGGAGCUCUUUGAUGAGGCAGCAGAGCAGCACUCCAGGCUCUAUGCCAUGCAGAAUGUAAGGAAGUUCUUUGGUUUUGUCCCAGGAAGUGAGAAUGUGAAGGAAAUUCGUAUCCCAUCUCUCAAGGAGUGGCAGGCCAUUUCUGGACUGGCCUUUCUGAAGCGAGUGGAUGAGGAGCACUAUGACUACAGCCUCCUCCAUGACUGGGCACUCAAGGAGCGUGCAAGUGGAAAGUAUUUGAGGAUUGAUGAAGAGCCUGGGAUCAUAACACAGCUUUGAAGAUCCAAGCCUGCACAGUACUUUGCAGAAAAGCAGGAACCUGUCUAGCUCUAUAUCAUACUUGAACUGUGCUGGAACUUCCCAAUACAGUAUUACAUUGAUGUAUAAAUUAUGUGAGCAAGUGCAUCAAUGUAGUAAUGUAGUGCUUUAGAAACUCCUGACUGCCUUUACUGAUGGCAUUUUGACUCCUGUGAGAUGUGGUGAUCAAUGUCUAGAUUAGGGUUUAGGCUAUCUCAAGCUUCAGCGCUCUGCUUUCUAAUAGUUUUGCUGAAAGGACAAGUACAUGCUGAGAAAGUUAUUUACAAGUGCUGUUUUAUUUUUCUUUCCAUAAAAAGGAUCUUUAAGAGGUAGACCUUGAUUGGAUCUUACGAAUUGGUCCAUUCUGUACAGACCAAGAGCAGCUAUCCAGCUUUUCCUUAGUGACACUUAGCAGAAAUUACUUAUUUCUCCUCUUCCACUAUUUUUUUGCAUAAUACAAGCAAUCUCCACUGAGCUAACUACUAGUUAAGUCUGGGGCUACAAUAGCAUGUAGGAACCAUAUGGGGAAUUUUACCAUCAAAGUCUGAGUUUAGAUAUGAUGAGAGAACUUCCAAUUCUGAUAAAAUCCCCACUGAGAAAUAUGGUGGAUGUGUGUAACACAUAGCAGCUGUAUGAACAAACACUUGAUAUAUGGCAAACUGUGUUGAAAUAUAUUCCAGAUGAAAGCAAUAGCAAGGGCAGUCUCCUAUUUGGAAAUAUUUCAAAAUCUCCAAGGUGUGUGUAUGUGCUUGCCUACUGUACAAAUAGCAAAUGAGGAUGGGAACAGAAAUCUCACCCUGAGCAGUAGGUUUUCCUUUGCCUCUGUAAACUUGUAAUUUAUACAUAUACUGGGCCCAUGAAUAUUACUAUCAUUAAAAACUACUAAAUUUUGUGAAAGAA